AUGGCGCGGCUCCUCGCCAACGUGUCCGCCGCCUCGAUCAACACCCGCACCAUCAACAGAGCCUACGCAGAGGAUCUAGAAGACGAAAUCGGCCCCGCUCUCGCCUCCUCCAGUACCCGCCCGAAGGGCUGUUCAUGCGCUUCGGCGCCUGCUCGGCCAAGGACGGGGUGUGGAGCGCCCGCGGGACCGUCUCCGUCCACAGCUACGAGGACAUCAUCCUGCAACUCACAACCUCGACGCGCGUGGAUCACCGUGACGAAUUAUCUGAACAAGAACCCGCAAAGCCCCUUACCCCUGUUUUUCCUCCCCUUUGACAGUCGCAUCAAGACGGAGAUGGAAUACCGCGUCUUCUGCGCGCCCGAGAGCCUCCGGGUCUGUGCCGUCUCUCAGUACGAAUGGCAUAAACCCUGGCGCUUCUCCACGAGAUCCGAGACCGGGAUGCAAACCGCUGCUGGUACAAUUUUAGAAGGAAUCGACCAGAUCCGCGCUCAGAUCGUAGCAGAGCUAAAGGCGCCCGGAACGGACGAGGCCGAUGAUCUACUGCGGCGACAGGGUAUGACGUUUGAUGUCUGGUACGACGAUGAAGCGGGGAAAGUCAAGUUGGUUGAGCUUAACACGUACGGUGUGAGGAGCGCGUGUGGUUCCUGCUUGUUUCACUGGGUAAACGACCGCGAGACUAUGUAUGAUGCAAGUGAGGUUGAAUUUCGCGUGGUCGUGGACCAGGAUCAUUCGCCCGUUCAGUCUCAGAAUUGGGAAUAG